CGUCAGAGUUAAAACAUGUUUUAAAAAUAUGAAAUUUUGAUAUGAACUAAAAUUCAUGUAGUUUAGAGAUCUAUCAAAGGACGCAGUAUGGGCUUGUUGUGCUUUCCACUCGUGAGUCUAGUAAUCCAUUCGUUUUGUUACAAUAAAGACAAACAAACGAAAUACCGAACUCUCCACUGCAAUUUGUUUUUUUGGAGCUUUGAAGCAAUGGCAAAUCCUAGGCUUCGUGGGUGGAGAAAGUGGGCGAAGAAGGAUUGGGCGAUCGCAGCCGUGGGAUUCACCAUCAUCCUCUUCGCUCUCACUCUCCUCUUUGAUUCUCGAAACCCCACGUCCUCCUCCUCCUCCUCUACCUUCAAUCUCCCCUCCAACCACCAUCUCAUUCCUUUGACUUUGCUUCACAGAGCCAAAGCUACAGGCGCUUUUUGUUUAGAUGGAAGUUUACCUGGAUACCAUUUUCAGGAGGGCUUUGGUUCUGGCUCUAACAAUUGGCUUCUCCACAUUGAGGGUGGAGGUUGGUGUAAUUCAAUAGAAACAUGCGAGAUUCGAAAAAGAACAGCUUUGGGUUCCUCUAAGUACAUGGAUCGCCUAAUUCCGUUCGAUGGGAUUUUAAGCCAUCAAUCUUCGCAAAAUCCUGAUUUUUACAAUUGGAACAUUGUUAAGAUGCGUUACUGUGAUGGUGCAUCUUUAGCUGGCCACCCUGAAAGUGAGUUCAAGAAUGGAACUAAGCUUUUCUUCAGGGGCCAACUCAUUUGGGAAGCAAUUAUGAGUGAACUCUUAUCACUUGGCUUGUCUAAGGCCAAACAGGCACUUCUUACAGGAUGCUCUGCUGGAGGUUUGGCAACUCUUAUACAUUGUGAUGACUUUCGAGCUCAUCUGCCAAAGGAUGCCACUGUCAAGUGUCUUGCUGAUGCAGGUUUUUUCCUUGAUGAGCCAGAUAUUCUUGGAAAUCGCACCAUGAGUAAUUUCUACCAUGAUGUUGUCCAACUACAGGGUGUAGCAAAAAGUUUGCACGAGGAAUGUAUCACAGAAAUGGAGCCGUCCAAGUGCAUCUUUCCUCAACAAAUAAUCGAAAAUAUUAGGACCCCAUUGUUCAUUGUCAACCCCGCCUACGAUUUUUGGCAGAUACAACACAUCUUAGUCCCCGCCGGAUCGGAUCCUGAUGGCUACUGGAGAAGGUGCAGAUUGAGCAUUCAGAAAUGUGAUUCUACCCAGAUUGAAAAUCUACAAGGUUUCCGUAGUUCCCUGCUUAAAGCACUAAGUAAGCUCCAACAUGACAAGGAAGGGGGAAUGUUCAUAAAUUCUUGCUUUGUUCAUUGCCAAACAUGGACGGCUGAGACAUGGCAUUCAUCCAAUUCUCCAAGAAUCAACAAUAAGACCAUUGCAGAGUCUGUAGGUGAUUGGUACUUCAACCGUAAAGUAACGAAGGAGAUUGAUUGCCCUUAUCCUUGCAAUCCCACUUGCUAUCACAUGGACUUCACUCAACCUUCAUGAAGCAUGGCUCGAAAACUGAUUUUUGUCUCCAACUUUAAAACUCCUGCUGUAUAUUACUCCAAUUUGCAUUGAAAGAAGGGUAUUGGAUAAUGAAACAGUGUGUAGAAUGAGAUGAGAGUUGAUAGUUGCUGCUAUAGAAAUGGAUUUUAUGUGCGACCAGAUGAAGCAAACUAAUUUCAUAUCAAGAGAUAUUUUGAUAGCCACCAAGUUCCAUGUGCUCUUCUUUAACCUUUUCCAAAAUCGGUAUGAUGUAAAACAUUGUAUAUCUUCAUAAUGUUACUUUUGUACCCAUCCUUUUAGACCUUUGCACAUGUUCCAAUAUAAAUGUUAAUCUUCAUUCAA